AUAAAAGCCUCCUAACUGCGCUCUUACUGACCAACAGUGGACAGACCCAGGACCCAAAGUCAGCAAUGAAGAUCCUCUUGUGUUGCCUGCUCCUGCUUCCAUUUGCAGAUAUGGUGGUGGCAGCCUCUAUCAAAGGGCAAUCCCCCAAAGAAGGUGUGUUAAGCUUUCUACAUGAUGCACUAGCAGUUACUACAGAAAGGACCACACCUGCAGCCGUCACAGCACAAAGGACCCCUCUAUGUGGCACUGUGAAUAAGCAAGACUCAGACGAUAUGUCAGAUGCCAAAUCUGCAGAGAGCUCUGAAACCAACAGAUGUCCAGAACCUGAUGCGUUUGACAAAAAUGGAGAUGAAAGCAGAGAUGUAUCCAAAGACCUUGACAGCGAUGAGAUCAUGAUUCCUGGAGCUGUGGCAAAAAAUGAAGCUCCAUCAAGGAAGGAGACUGUAGUGGGCAAAGAUAGUAUGGCAGCGAUGGAUAUUACCAGCAGCCUGGUUCAGGACCAUGGGAACAGGGAGCAUAGUUUGAUUGAAGGAGAACUCCAAGCAAGCAGAGACAGUGAGGAAGGAGGGAUAACAAAUGCUCGGGAGGGUGGCGGUCAAAGCACCAAUCUCCAAAGGUGGGCCACACGAGGAAAAGUUAAUGGGAUGAGUGGUAUGUUGGUCCAUGGCCAAAUCAGAGAAAGGCCAAAUUGGGAUAGUUUGGAAGACAGCAGUGACAGCCUGGCUGGAGUGAGCACCAAUAAACAAACGGACUAUGAUGAAACCAGAGAAUAUAUGAGCUCUGAAACCUAUCCAGUUGUCCCACAAGAGCGCAGCAGCUUGCCCACUCCAUCCAAGAACCAUGUCGCUUGAUGAGCACACAGAGAUUGCAUGUCUUCCUUAUGAAUCACGGAUCACUGUCUGUUGACUCAGGAGACUCAACUCAAGACAGUUUGCUUCCACAUCCGGAUGCUGCAGGGACUUUUUCUAUCCAAAAUUAGAUUUUCAUUCUCUCUGAUCCAACAAACAAAUGUAAAAAAUAAAUAUGUUUUGAUUUAACCUGUGCUGGGUGUGUUGGUGUAAGCUGUCAGAGUGAUGAAAAUAAA